UCAUCAAAGAAUGGAGGAAGACAGAAUAAGCCAACUCCCAGAUCAAAUCCUCCAACAAAUCCUCUCAUUACUCGACACAAAUCAAGCCCUUCAAACAACCAUCCUCUCCACAAGAUGGAGAACCCUCUCCCACACCCUCUCCGACCUCCGCUUCCUCCUCAGCCGGUUCACCCCCUUAAACAACCCCAAACCCCUCUCCCACCGCUUCUCCCACUUCGUCUCCCACCUCCUCUCCCUCCGCGACGGCGCCGCCCCCAUCCGCAACUUCCACCUCUCAUUCGACACACAUCUCCUCAUCCACGCCGAUAAAUCAUUCAUCGAAAAAUGCAUCCUCUACGCCAUCAGCCACGGUGUCGAAUCCCUCCGCCUCCACGCCCGCUGCCGCCCGGAUAUCACCCUCCCACCCGCCUUCUUCGCCUCCACAACGCUGACGGAACUCGAGCUCCGCCAGCUCGGCCGUGUGAUCAUUGCACCGGGGAAGUUUUCACUACCUCAUUUGAAAAACCUUUUUCUUGAAGGGUCUUGGUUUGGCCAAGAAGGUCACUAUGAUCCACCGUUGAAGGAGCCGUUUUCGGGCUUCCCGGAGCUGGAGAAGCUUACUCUGCGGCGGUGUGUCUUUUAUGAGCUUGUUGUGAAGGCUCCCAAGCUUAGGUUUCUUGAAAUUGUGGAUGAGAGUUUGUAUGCUUAUGGAAUGCAGGAGAUUUCGGCUCCGUUGCUUACCUCGUUUAGAUACGAGGCAAAGUUGCCUUUCCAUUGUUCUAAGGUUGACAUCCCAAUGUUGGAGGAUGUUUAUUUGAACAUUCAUUACAAACAACAACCCGAUAAUAUAUACAAUUAUGUGAAUCCUACAAUGAUGACUCUGAGAUGUGUUAGGAUGUUUCAGCUACUUGGAAAUGCUAAGAUUGUUGCAUUGACUUUGGACACCCUCAAGGUUCUUGAAAAGAAUCGUGGUCUGAUCGAGGAAAGUCCUUGUCCAUUUCCCUACAUGAAAUGUCUGAAAGUGAUGAAAGGUCGUCGUGAAAUUACGACGGUGCUAAGAAGGGUGAUGAACUACUUGACAGAGGGGACUUUGUAUUUUGAUUCAUUGGUGGUGGAGUUACCUCAAGGUGGUGUGACUCUGGUUGAAAAGAAUUCAGAUGAUUUGUUUGAAGACGAAAGUGAUGAACAACAACUCGAACUACUCUUUCGAAUAGAAGAUGAAAUUAUAUGAUCUCAACAUGAUCUAUUGCAAAAGUUUGGAAUGUUGCAAGAAUGUUUUUGCAACAUCUAUUGAUGAUCGCUUUUCUCAUUUCAAUCUGUAGAGUAGUAGUGUUGAUCGUCUUCUUCUAAUUAUUACCCCCUCAAUUCAUGAUCAAAAUUUUGUAAGGAAGCUGUAGGGAUCAGACUAGGGUCGGAUUCACUAUUUACCAAGACCUCUUUGUUCUUCAUUAGGGAGCUCAGUCAAACUCCAACCAUGCGACUGAUAUUACAAUCAAAGUUACAAAUAAUCUUGAAUACCGAAUAGACCUAUCUAUUACACAAGAUUACAGUUCACUCCCAGCUUCAGCUUCUUCAACCCUGCACACUUGACAAACGAAUUAGUACUACAAGAAACAGAUCCUUUCGGAUCUGGAGCAGUUACACGUAAGAACACAAGAUGCAAUGAAAGAAAACACAGAAGAAAAGCUGCUUCGGCUCAGACACUCGCCGAUAGCACAAAUCUAUUCUCAAGAACACAGAUCCAAAGGAGCACAGCAGAAUCAACCGAUGAUUAACCUCACCCUCCAGAUUCCAGCUUAACCAGACUCCUACAUCCCAGAUCUACACCGUCCGAGAACACCUCACACCGAAACCCUCAAAGACAGAAACCCUAUUUCUCAACCAACACCGGCAACCGAAGUAGUUGCCCUCACUGUUACUGUAGCAAGGUCUACAGCCCUUUCAACCGAGAGAAAUCUCACAGAAACCGCCGGAGAAUCGUCGGAGAAGAGAGCAGAAAAGAGAGAGAGACAGAGAGAGUUUUCGGAGAGC